ACGUUUUUCUGUUUCUAUUUCUUUGGUUGUUGUUUUCUUUUUCUAUUUUUGAUCUAGAUUUACAACCCCUUCUUUUCGUUUUUCCCGGAUCUGGACGACUCUUAGCUGGUUUUCUCAAUUACCCUUUUUUCCCUCUUUGGGUCAAUACCCCUAAUCCCAAUUCUAUAUAUCCCAUGCUUUGAUCUUUGCUUAAGGUUUGUCCUCGUUAGGGAAAGGAGAGACCAAUUUGCUUCUAGUUUGAUUCUGAACAAGGCGUUCUUCUGUGGAUCUGCCAGUUUCAAAGAUGAAUCAUUUUAUUGUUCAGCAGAACACUUUUCUUUCAUGUGAAGAGACUAGGGGUUUUGCCUCUAUCUCUGAUCUGAAGGACCCUGUUGUCUGCCCGAAGCCCAGGCGACUUGCGAUUCUUGCUAACAAUCACAUUAAACAGCCCUUGAGAUGGCACCAAACUGAGGUUUGUGAUUCAAAAGCUGGGGCAGAUCUUCUUGACAUCAUUUUAAAGAAGGGGUCGGAACAAUCCAGUGCUCAUGUGGCUUCUUCACCCCCAUUUUUUAGUGGGUCUCCGCCGAGCCGGGCUUCGAACCCAUUAAUCCAGGAUGCCCGGUUUGGGGAUGAGAAACUCAGUCCUAUGCCAGCAUUGCCUGCAUAUUCCCCAUCUGGUCUCUCAUCCCCAUCUUCAGCAUCUUCAGCGCACAAAGGAGGAGGGUGUGCGAGGAUGAAGUUUGGUCUAAAACCGGCAGCAGUUAGAGUAGAAGGAUUUGAUUGUCUUAGUAGGGACCGCCAGAAUUCUAGGAUCCCUGCAGUUGCUUAAAAAACCAACCUCCAUCAAUGGAAAAGUGUAAAUAGAGAAUGGAGCGAAAAAGAGUGCAACCAAACAUUUUCAACCACAGGCAAGACUUCUUUUUAACAACCAGAGGAAAACAACAUUCAAAUAGAGAAUGCAAGAGAAAUUUGAGACCCCAUCUGUAGUAGUGUAAAUAUAAGAAAAUGUUUUUGCUGGUGAUCAUCCAAAUUUGAUAUUUUUUUCCCUUCCUUUUCUUUUGGAUUCUUGUGGGAUAAUGGGGGGAGUGGGUUGAGAUAGAGAAACAAACAAACCUUGUGUUGUAGAGAAAAAGGUUUGGGAAUUGGGAAAAGGGAUGAGUGAGUGAGUGGUUCAUCUUCAUUUUGUACUGUUGUAUAAAGUUGGGGGUACUGUGUGUGUGGAGGGAAGGGAGAGGGAGUCUUGUAUUUCUCUUUUUUUUUUUUUUUUUUUUUUUUUUUUGGUUUGAUGAUCACCAUGAGUUUAAUGUAUAGAGUUUUUUGUUAUUUGGGUUAUGGUCCAUUUGCCAUGUAAAUGUAUUCUGGUAAUUAUUUAUCCUAUCAUCUUGGGUUUACAUUUUAUGAUGUUA